AUGCUGGCGACAUUGCAGCGCAGCAUAUCUGCCGAGCUUGAAGGGACGCUGCUGAGAGCAUUGGAGAUGGGUGUCCAGAAGGCCGCCGAGGUCUUCGGGAAGCAUGUGGAUGUCGAUGCCGUUCACCGUGUCAAUUGUGUGACGGAGAUCGAGGCUACAAGACUCGCAACCAAGUCUUCCAGUGGAUUAGCCGUGCGUAUUGGCUAUCAUGGCAACUCGGAUAUCAUCGCUCACCUGUUGCACUUGAUUGUGCAGCUGGCUCUUUUUCCUCGUCCUCCAGCUGCCGAUGCAGUGCUGCAGGUUCACUCGCGCUCGGUGAACACGGCGAACCAGAGCAUGCAAGUGGGCUCCCUCGGUGUUCCUUUGAACAAGGAGGUCCAAGCUCCGGGGGUCAACGUGACUGUGCCCUUUUCGUCAGCUAACGGAAGCCCUGGUUCCGGACCAGGAAUGACCGGCACUGGUUCGGACGAUGCUUCCGCACAGGACACCGGUGGGCGGCGUCUAAAGUCUGCUUCCGAGGUGAAGGAUGCUGCCAGUGGGGAGGGCGAACACCAGGACAAUGCCGUGAGAAUUGGAGGUGGCUGGCAUGUCCUCAACUGGGAAGAGAUCGGCAGUCAAAGCAAUGGGCUUAGCCCACGCUCGCCCACCGGAACCUGCAGCACUAGUCAUCCAGGAGGCCCAGGAGAAAGACAUCCAUUUGCACACGGAGCACCCUCCAGGCACAUGCCCGGGUAUCGGUUUGCCUAUGGUGCUUACACCAUCGGCACACAGCCUGGAAACACAGUGCCAAGCACCGAUCCUGCUCGGCUUGCAAAAGAGGUAAGCCGAGGAAGGUUGCGCCCAAGGUACGGCUUCUAUCGUGUGCUGAGACCUCGCUCAGCACUCGGCCCCACCUCUUGUCAGAGGCCGGGUAGACCUCGGAAGGGCCCCACGGUGCGAGAGCAACGUGCUGCAAUCUGGCCGGAUCCUACCAUCGAUGGGGCGACCGACGAGCACAUACCUCCUGAUGAGGAUGCCGGUGAAGGUUCCCUUGGACCUGCUGACGGGAGCAUGUACCCGAACGGGCGAUCAUGCUUGCCUGCGUCAAGCAGUCCUAGGGUGUAUGGUCUGAUGUUGUGA